AUGCAACAGAGACUAAUGAAUUUUGGGGGUUUGUUUUUGGGUUUUUUCCCCCCUGUAGAAAUGGAUCUACUAACUGCAAUUAUUCUCCUGGCUGCUUUGUUACACCACUCUGAUGGACAGGGUUUCCCAUAUAAAAAUGUGAAGGCUUUCUCCUUUCCUCAUUUUAAAUCUCAAAAUGAAAAACAGAUCCUUGAGCUACACAAUGAAAUACGGAGAUCUGUAAUUCCCACAGCCAGGAACAUGCUGAAGAUGGUGUGGAGUGAGACAACUGCCAAAAAUGCUCAGAAAUGGGCAAGUCAGUGUGGGAUGAAAAUCAGUCCAAGAGACAGGAGAGUUAUUAAUGGUGUCACCUGUGGCGAGAAUGUGUUACUGUCAUCCUACCCACGAACAUGGGCUGAUGCAAUUCAAGUGUGGUACAGUCAAUCCUCCAAUUUCAAGUAUGGAUAUGGGCCAAUCUCAAAAAAUGUCAAUAUUGAGAGCUACACUCAGCUAAUCUGGUACAACAGUUACAAGGUGGGAUGUGGAGUUUCCUACUGUCCCGCAGGCCCAUACAAAUACUUUUAUGUUUGCCAAUACUGCCCUGCAGGAAAUAACCCAAUGCAAAUAGCUAUGCCUUACAGAAGUGGACCAAAAUGUGCUGACUGUCCUGGCCACUGUGACAAAGGACUUUGCACCAACCCUUGCAAGUACCAAGACCUCCUUGGAAACUGCAAAAAUCUGGAAAUGUUGUUUGGCUGUAGCCACUCACUGGUGAAGAAGAAGUGUCCUGCAAGCUGCAAAUGCACCACUCAAAUCAUCUAA